UUGGCUAAUCGACUUUUGUUUACGUUUGCUACUUGAAUCCUCUCAAAAAUUACUCUGCAUUAAAUGAAAGCUGUUUAUAAUUAAUUCCAAGCAGAUAUUUAGCUCCUUUUUAUAUUCAAUUAAAUUUCAAAACAAUGCAGAGAGAAGAAAAGCAGCAAGAUGCAGUACUCGAGGCCAUUAUCAACAAGGUCAAUGAUCUCAAAACGUCCAUCGGGGCCAUGAUUUUCAAAGUUGAAAAUGAGUAUGAAACUCUCAAUUGGCCAUCAUUCCUUGACAAUUUCGCCCUCAUAUCGAGUCAAUUGACCUCCCUCACGAAAAUCCUGAGCAACGAGAAGGCGCCUCCACUGAGGAAUUUCACAGUACUGCCUCUUUUACUGAAGCCGGAUCUUGACGAAAAUCUUGCAAGGCUCACAGAUGGACGACUAAAUACUUUUUCGCAUGAUAUUGUUCCUGACUAUUUAAGAACAAAACCAGAGCCGGAUGCAGAACUGAAAAUGAUGACGUUAGAACACAAAGCGAGUUGUGUAAAUUAUGAUACAGCGCAGAAACAAGUUGCUGCAAUGAACAAAGUUGUUGGACAUGUGUGGGACAUUGUCAGCAAAGCAAGAGACGAAUGGGACGGAGAUGCAAGUUCUCGAGCUGGUGGUGCCCAAACUUCGUCGAUUGCCGAUACGAACUGCCUGGUUGCGGCAAUCAGCCUAGGGAAGGGUCUUAAGCACACCGUGCCUCCGCCUGGAAUGAUGGGAGGCCCUCCGACUGGCCCUCAAAGGGGACCUGGGGCAUUAGGACCUCCUCAAGGUCCACCUGGCGGCAUACCAAACCAAAUGGGACAAAUGGGAAAGACACCCAGCGCUAUCAAAACCAACAUCAAGGCUGCAGGUCAGAUUCACCCAUACAACAGAUAAAACUUGGUGCUUCUUUAAUUUUUGGGCUUUAUUAAUUUGAGACAACUACAUAAAAUAUUGCAAUCUAUAAAUAAACCACAUAAGAACACUUGAAUACAUGUUGUGUUGCCAUCAUAAGAGUGAAUACAGAUUUUUUAGAUGACCGAGUCAGUAUUUAAAUAUUUUACAGAAAUGCAGUAGCUUAAUGAAAAUAAAAUCACUUCUUAGA